AUGCAACCAGAGGUGGUCCUGCACACAUACAGCGGCGGCCUGCUGCCCUGCACCCUGGUGCGGCGGUACAAGCGCUUCCUUGCUGAUGUCACCUUUGACCGCGGUCAAAGCAGCGCGACGGGCGGCGCGUACCAAGGAGGCGGCGCGGAGCAAGGCGGUGGCGCGGCCACAGCGGUGGCGGAGACCGUGGUGCACUGCCCCAACACAGGCCCGAUGACCGGCCUGCUGGACAGGUGGGCGGCGUGCGGCCCAGCCUCCGCCCCCCCCACCUGA